AUGAAAUAUUCGCUCAUAGCAAUAUUUUAUAUUUUACUUCAAUUAGUUAGUAUUAUAUUGCUAAUCAUUUUAAUUUAUUCAUUAUUAAAGUCUGAACCACAUUUUAUGAAAUGGACAAUCUUUCAAUUAUUCGUUGCCGCAAUCGGUAACGGAUUUUCAGCAUUACCUCCUAUAAUCAUAUAUGGGGAUGAAUUAAUGGAACGUGCAUUCGAAACGCCAAUUUGUUUAAUUUCAAACAAAAUUACUUCAUUCACUUUUUACCCAAUGCAGUUCUUUCCAUUGUUUAUUGCCUUUUAUUUAUGGUACGCCUUAAACAAAGGAAAGGCUGACAUUGAACAAAAAUGUUUUUUAUGGGUGUCCACUUUUGUUUGGGCAUUUUCUUUAAUAUUUAAUAUUAUUGAUACGAUAAUGUCAAUGAACGAAAAGAAUUGGGGAGUCGUAGUGACGGUACUACACUGUAAGAGAUCUCAAAGAAGUUCGUUUUACGCUUACACAAUACCCACGUCAAUACUAGCUUUAGUCGCGUUUAUAAUGGCUUGUCAUUCGUCAUUUAUUUUAUAUAAACAAUGGAAAUAUCAUAAUGCCCGUAAGAACAUUGCAACAGCAGUUGUUUUAGGACGUGCUGUUAGAUUAAACACAUUUUGUUUCAUUUAUAUAAUAUUUCUUACAUUAACCCUCAUUCCAAGGAUCAUAAGUUAUCCUAGUGACGAUUCCAAAUCUAAUAGCGCUUUUCUUAUAAGCUCUUUUAUGGGCAUAUUACCAGGUACUUUAUUAUUUUUAGUUUUUGGAGCAAAGAAACAAGCUGCAUUGUUUCUUCCAUUUUGUUAUUAUGUUCCUCCUGGUAAACCAUUUAGAAGUCCUCCAGAAUGUGAUGGUUCGAUUCACAUGGAAGAAGACGGGUCAUCAACAUCGGAUGAUCAUGAAUCAAUUCAACUUGAAAUUAGAAAUGAGGAUGAUUCAUAUCCAACAUGUCGAGCAUGUCAGAUCGAAUUAAUGUUAAGAAACAAUGUAUCACCGUCUCCACCAAAUUUUGAUAAUUAA